AUGAACAAGAUCCUCCGGGCCAAUGGAUCACCUUGUGUCACAGCUAAUUCCGGCGUGGAUGAGUCUGCUCUUUUGCAAUUUCAACCCCCCAUCCUUUACACUGGGAUCCUAGACUGGGUAGGCUGGGUUAAUGACGCAGCUCAGCAGGGGAUGAUUUUUUAUCUCUUCACAUGCUACGACUCAGCUAUCGGGAGAAAGGAGAAUGGUUGUGGCAAUUUUGCGUCACUUCUGGUCUUGCUGGCCAAAGAGAUUGCUUUCCUUGUGGGCAUUCUUUUCUGUCCCGCUCAAACCGAGCAGUUGUUUGCGAGCUUACCGCAGGCCUAUCAAUCCUGGGAGGAACAACCUGGGAGGAACAACCUGGGAGGAACAACCUGGAAGGAACAACCUGGAAGGUCCCAGUCCAUAAAUGCCAAUUGCUUUGAUAGGCUUUCCACGCGUUUCGCCAUCAGGAUGCUACCUGAGUGGCUGGAUCGACUUGAAACAUUCUCCUAG